AUCACAUACAUUGUGGGGAUCAGUGCCUGCAUAUUUUGAUUUAUCUGUGAUUGCACUUGGAUGACAACAACCAAAUCUUUUCUGCUUAGGAAAUAUGAUACUUUCUAGAAGCUUAACCACGAAAAAGAAAUCUGAAAUUCUUCUAUUCGCGGCAGUUGCUGGUGUCUGCACGCAAAUCGCAAUAGCAGUGUCGGAUGAAAAUGGAGACAUUUCGAUUACACCAGAUCUAUUUGAAGCGCCUGUCAACAGCUCCAGCAAACGCGACACUUCCGAGACCGGCCCACGGCUGUGGCCAUCUCGCACAGCAAUUCCUUAUUACAUCAGUAGCGAUUUCGAAAAAUCGCAACGGGAAGUGAUACUGAAAGCUCUCCUGAAGAUUGAAAGGAUGACAAAAGGAUGUAUAGCUUUCAAAGUUAGACAGUACGAGUUCGAUUAUAUUUACUUCAUUCCAAGCUAUUCCGGCAGAUGUUCAUCAGAUGUUGGGCGCACAGGUGGGUAUCAGUACAUUUACCUGGCGGUAGCAACCAUCGACUACCCAUAUCUGUGUUUGGACACAGCAGCAAUUCAGACCCGCGUUUUGCAUGCUUUGGGUUUCGAUCAUGAGCAGAAACGUGCCGACCGAGACCAGUUUGUCGAUGUGCGAAGCGACAACAUCAAAUCCGGUUUCGCUCACGAGUACCAAAUCAACGCUUCUGUUCACACAUUGGGAACCAAGUAUGACUAUCAUUCCAUCACACAUUACGGUCCAUUCAGCGGGGCAAUUGUGGAUUCCAGUCCGGUUAUGGUAUCAAAAAAGGGGCUGAUUGUGCGCAUGGGACAGCGGCAACGUCUGAGUCCGACCGAUGUUGCUAAGAUCAUGUUGGCCUACAACUGUCCAGUAAAUACCGGGCCUGGGCAUAAAAGCUCGAAUACAACGGAAGAGUUUCCGCGUUUCCCUCUGGAAAUAAUGACCGAGGAUGAGUGCGCCGCACAAUUCAAUCGAUACUGCAAAUCUGACGUCAGUACAACUGUCAACUGCACCUAUCGGAACGACUUCCGUAUCGUCUGCCAGUCAAACUCAUCGGUUGCUGUGCUGCAGCGCAUGACGGUGGAUAUGGCCGAAGCGCCGUUGCGAAUUGUGUCCAUUGAUGUGGAAGAGCAACUCAUCGCCAAGUACCCUUUUCUGCCCGUGCAACAGCAAGUCUUAAAGCUAUAGUUACGCAACUGCACUACCAACCGCGUGACUAACAGACUGAACUCUCUGGGCUUUAAAUUUCUUCUGCACUUCGAGCUUUAUCACUGCUACAACUUAGUCAUCGCAAAGGCUGACUUCACGACUUCUCAGCAUCUCCGCAUUGUCGUCUUCUGCAACACCACUGUUGCGUCCAUGCAACCAAAUACUUUUGCUGAUUUGCCGAAUCUCUCCAUUCUCUCGCUAGAAGCACUGUCGGAGAGCCAAAGAUAUGAUAAGUUCGAGCAACCUUUUCGGACAUUUCUACGCAGUUUACACUGCGACUGCCAAUUCGCCUGGUAUCGUUCAUGGUGGCGCAGUAGCAAGCAGCUGAGGCUUAAAGUUGACUUAGGAGAGCUGUAUUCGUUCGAUGCGUUUUAUUUGAACCAGCAGUUCAACAGCGAUGCGUUUGUAAAAGAGCAACUGUAUCAUCCUGUGGACUGUCAGGCUGAUCCCUUUCCGCUCGGCACUGAAUGGAUUAACUACUACACGCAAGCGGACUAUUCGGUUAACCAGCCCAAUUGUAGCGGAUAUAGUUCCAACAUCUCCUGGCCCACCGGAGAAAUGUUCAAAUUAGCAUGACCGUUUCAGAGUUCAACAAGCUGAAAGACCGAAAAAGAUGUUAGCAGGAAAUUUUGAAAUUUCUUUUAUAGAAUAAUACUGUCUUCACAAAUUUAAUAAUUCAAAAAACCUCUUCAUUGUUAAUUGUCUGUUACGAAAUUAAAUACUGCAACCCAUAUUUUCAUACUGAUCCAUGUAAAGGGUGCUAACCGCACUUUAUUCUGGAUGUCCGAAUAGCCGAAUGCCCGACACUUUAGCCGUUUGAAGAGGCUUUUAAGAAAAUGCCAUGCAUGUGCGCUAAAAGAUGUUCUGUGGACAAGAUCAUACAGCAAGCGACUGAUUUUAUGAUAGUUGAAAUAAAUUUA